AUGUUAUCUUUACAGUUUCUUCUUCUCAUAACUACCAAUCCAUGGGGCGUCUUUGCAAGUUCGCCAACUUUGGAUUCCUCGGAAAUUCUACCAAAGAAGCUUGCCUCUUAUGGGUCGUCUGAAAAUGGUUCAAUUCUUGUACCUCCGAAUGGUGCUAAAGCAGGUGCACCUGUCCUCAAAAGUUUCAUUUCUUAUUCCAUAGAAUUAGUCUUCUUCCCAGAUUUUGCUGGCAAUAAAGCAAAUCCAAACACAUUCUCAGACACUCUCCUGAGUAAUCUGGGAAAUAUUCAAGGAACAAAGCCUCAUAUUCGCGUUGGAGGCAAUACACAGGACUACGCAGUCUUCAAUGCUUCUCUGGAGACUGCCACUUACGGUAUCUAUAUACCAGAGAUCUCGGAAGACUAUCCACGCAUUCUCUCCAUUGGACCAUCAUUUUUUGAGUCGUACGAAGCGUGGUCACCGGAUGUCAAAUUCAUUCAUGGAUUCAACCUUGCGAGGAAUACCUCUGCUGAUGUAAAGAGUGUCAUUGAUUCAGUGCCGUAUGCUUGCAAAGCUAUCGGACAGAAUAAUAUUCUUUUCUGGGAGAUAGGCAACGAACCGGACCUAUUCAAGACUUCGUCACAGGGCGUCAUGCGACCCCCAUCGUGGAAUGAGUCAGAUUAUGUGAGGGAAUGGGAGGGGAGAAUCAAUGGCGUCAAAGCUGCGCUGAAAGAGCAUUGCGGAGAGACAUGGAUGUCAAAAGAACGAUUUAAAUGGAUCGCACCCAGUUUCGCCGGGACAAAGAACAGUCUGAACUCAACCAAGACAUGGAUAGCAGGACUGGAUGAGCAUGGAGAAGUCGCUCAGUUUUCUUCACACAACUAUAUGGGUGGUGCUACACAACCUGGCGUAACCCUCUCCGGCUAUCUUAUGAACCACACCAGGGUGGUUGCAAGCGUUGGAAGCCACAACAAGGAACAUGAAAUCCUCGCAAGCGUAGGCAUGGAACUCGAUUAUAUCCUAGGAGAACAUAAUUCGCUAUAUAACCAAGGUGCACCUGGUCUGUCCAACUCAUUCGGCGCCGCACUCUGGGGCGUAGACUUCAAUCUUUACGCAGCAUCUACUAGCAUCAGACAAGUAUACAUGCACAUGGGAACUGACUAUCGCUACGCCAGCUGGCAACCAAUUACAAGCAACAAAACCAUUAUUGGAACAAAAGCUCCCUACUACGGCAACGUGGCAGUUGCAUCUGCACUAGGAGAUAUCACACAAGGCAGUGUCCGCGUGCAGAACAUUGAUCUAAAAUCUGAGAACGAUGCUGCAUACGCUAUAUACGGGAGUGAGAAGCUGAAACGAAUCAUGGUGGUUAACCUCCAUCAAUACAAUUUUUCGGUUCCUGAGCCUGCCCGGCGUCCUAGUUCAGCAUACAACUUCACGCUGCCGACAUCGUGCGCAGGAUCUGGCACAGUACAGAGAUUGAUGGCGAAUGGAUCUGAUGCAAUCACUGGUAUAACUUUCAACGGAUUUAGCUAUAAUUAUGAACUGGACGGUGGAAAACCAGUUCUACUAGGAAACGUUACAAAAGAUGAGAAGGUGAUUGUUGGAGCAGAUGGACAAGUGACGAUUCAGGUGCCUUGGAGUAGUGGUGCAUUGCUUCAGUUGACUUGCUAAGUGUAAGAUCAACUCAAAUGAUCAGGAAAAGGUAGUGCCUUUAAUAAGCUGUUGGCAACCUUUUGGAUGAUCGAUUUGCACUUUCUGUUUUGACUUUAUACCCGAGUCCGCAGUGGCAGUUUCUCAGGUAUCCAUGACUCUUGGUCGGCCCAAAGUACCG